UAAUUGAUUGUGACGAUUCCGUGAAACUGACCAAACAAGUUCUAUAUUGUCAAAAUUUGAUGUACUUCAUAAGUAUAAAAAGUGGACGAACUCUGACCAGUGCAUUAUUAGCGGCCAAGUGUGACUGACAAGUGUCUUGUGACAUAAUAAUAACCCUUAAGAAUGAAGGUGUGUGUAGCACUUUGCGUAUUAGCCCUGACCGCAGUGGCCCUGGGCCGACCGCAGUCCCAGUACACGGAUCGUUACGACAACAUCGACCUGAACGAGAUCCUUAACAACCGGCGGCUGCUGGUGCCCUACAUCCAGUGCGUGCUAGGAGAGGGCAAGUGCACUCCCGACGGCAAGGAACUCAAAUCUCACAUCAGGGAAGCCUUGGAGAAUGACUGCGCGAAGUGCACAGAAAAUCAGCGGGAGGGCUCUCGUCGUGUGAUUGCCCACCUGAUCAAGCAUGAGCAGGACUAUUGGGCCAAGCUGAAGGCCAAGUACGACCCCUCGGGCAAGUACUCCAAGAGGCAUGAGCAGGAGUUGGCCGCCGCGACGGCCUAAACUUGUGACAUCUGUGGUCUUGAGAUUAUCUUCAAGAGCCCGCGCUACGAAAGAAAUUCAAUAACGAUGUGGAAUUGUCAAUAAUUUGAUGGCUCACGUUCUUGUUGUCAGCGGAUGUGGCGCCGACUCUUAACAACUUUUUUAAAUAAUUUGUUUCCUAAAGCUCAUUUUUAAUAAGUAAGUUCUUGAAAUAAUCAUCACACGUAGACUUAUAACA